AUGAAAAAAGAUCAGGAUAAAAUGCUACAUAGCUAUCUACCUACAAUCACGUGCUCGCUGCAAGCGGACGCUGAGCUCGAAUGCCAUGGGUCUCGUAUUCAAUUGAACUUAAAAGACUUGAAAAAGACUACUGGGGUGCAAGACGGACCAAAGUCCCCUUCAGGACUGACUUACUCAGGGCGGCGACUGAUUGAUUACUUACACUCGACAAUGGUGUCAUUUUGGGGCCCCAGGAGUAGAAGGGCAGACAACAAUGUCUCUGACCAUGACCGUGCAAGCAGUGCAAGCCGGCAAAGACACCGCGAACCCGAUGAGAGGACGCGCUUGCUGCCGCGAGGGAGUGGUGAGGGAUAUCUGAGUCCGGAUGAUCCUGCUGUAAGGAGCACUUCUCCUACCUUGUCAAUGAUGAGAGCUACUGCUGACGCGGCCAAGGUAUCACCAUACAACCUCUGGAGCGUGCGCGCGCUGAGACUCUUCUCUCUCAUCUUCCUCGCCCUCAGCUUCGUCUGGUGGGUGUUCCUCCUCGUGUCCAUCUUCGUCAGUCCGCCCAUGAUGCACACGCGCGGGUCCGGCUUCUUCAAUUUCGCCUACACGACUCUGACCGUGGGCAACCUCAUCAUCGGCCUACUUUUCUUUGCGGUGCCGUCCAGGCCCAUGACCAUCUGGGGAGCGGUCCUGUCCGUUCUCCUGGUCGUGGAUACGCUGCUCAUCCUGUCUGUGCCGCGACUCCGUGUCGAAGAAGGCUGGGUUGGCAUCGCGUCCGUCCUCUGGGCGACGGUGAUCGCGACAUACAACGUCGUGCAGACCCAGACUGUGGCCAGGGGCAAAGAGGAAGAGGAAGAGCGACUCACGGGCCGGGUCGAGACAAGGCGCACUCUGCUGGAAUGGUUCGCCGUGCUAGCAGAGACCAUCGUCAUGGGAGUCAUGACUCUCGUCGUGAUUCUGCUCACUGCAACGCUGGUCCUCCGCGCCAGAGAUGCCAGUCUUGCGCCGCCAGGGAAGCGAUACUUGGUCGACAAUCAAAAGUACGAGGUGCAUCUGGCCUGCGUGGGCAACAACACCAUCAACGAAGACGACAGACAAGUCACUACGAUCCUCGUCGAGGCCGGCGAGGGUCCGGUCGAGGACAGUCUGCAGCCAUUCAUCGACAACGCCUAUCGAAACGGAAUCAUCGAUCGCUACUGCUACUGGGACCGACCAGGCAUUGCCUGGUCCGACAACGCGCCGUCGCCACACUCCGCAGGGAUGUCAGCGGAUGCGUUUUCCGAGGCCCUGGCUCUGGCCGGGGAAGAGGGGCCCUGGAUCCUCGUGUCCGCCGGCAUAGGAAGUAUAUACAGCCGCAUCUUCGCCAGUCGGCACGUCGGCGACGUGAGAGGCAUGAUGCUCAUCGACCCGCUGCACGAGGACUCUCUGCAUCGAAUUGGCAGUCCCGGCCGGGGCUUCGUCCUCUGGUGUCGCGGAAUCAUCUCCCCACUGGGCCUGGACCGGCUCGCAGGAGCCAUCUUCAAAGGCCGGACGCGCGAGGACCGCAUAUACGGACGGAGCGCGUACCAGAACGGCCGCUUCAUCAAGGCCCAGCUGCAGGAGAACCUGGUCGCGGAGUCGAUGACAGCAAGCGAAAUCGCCAGCGCGCGGCACGUCCAGCAGAGCCUCGACACCCCGCUCGUAGUGGUCAGUUCAGGCGUCGAGAUGCACAAAAGCGAGCAGUGGGCCAAGCAGCAGGAGGAGAUGGCGCAUAUGACCGACAACCUCGUCGCCUGGGACGUGGUUGGGGGAGCACCGCACGAGGUGUGGACGACGUUCGAAGAUUCCCAUAUGAGAAAUCAAUCCCUUCAAAGUGUCGUCGUCGUGUACAUGGGCUGUACGUACUUAUAG